AUGACAGAAACCGUCCCGAUCCCAGAGCCUCCGGCCCUGCCUCUUAUUGGACAUAUUGGUACAAUAGACCAGACUUUCCCACUGGGCUCUUUUAUGGGCCUGGCCGAAAAGUACGGUGAAAUCUAUCGCCUGCAGUUCCCUGGAAGAAAUGUGGUGGUGGUAUCGACGCACGCCCUUAUCGACGAAGUGUGUAACGAGAAGCGGUUCAAGAAGGUUCCUGCUGGCGCCUUGAAGGAGAUCAGGAAUGGUGUGCACGAUGGCCUCUUCACCGCAGAGCUCGAGGAGCCGAACUGGGGUAUUGCCCACCGGGUCCUGAUGCCGGCUUUUGGACCUAUGAGCAUCCGAGGCAUGUUUGACGAGAUGCACGAUAUUGCGACGCAACUAGCAAUGAAAUGGGCUCGUUACGGAUCAUCCUCACCAGUCAUGGUCACGGACGAUUUUACCAGGUUGACCUUAGACACCCUCGCGCUCUGCGCAAUGGGCUUUCGUUUCAACAGCUUCUAUACCAAGGAGCUGCACCCUUUCAUUGAUGCCAUGGGUGACUUCUUGACGGAAUCCGGAGCCCGUACGCAACGACCACCAUUACCAACAUGGUUCUAUCGAAACCAGGAGGCAAAAUUUUGGGAGGAUAUUCAGACACUUCGUACAACUGCCCAAGAGGUCCUGGAUGAGAGGAAAUCAGGCGACAGUGACCGCAAGGAUCUCCUUGCGGCUAUGCUGAAGGGCGUCGACUCCCGUAGCGGCAAUCACAUGACGGAUCAGUCCAUCAUUGACAAUCUGAUUACGUUCCUUAUUGCUGGUCAUGAAACGACGUCUGGCCUUCUCUCAUUUGCUUUUUACGAGCUUCUCAAGAACCCCGCGGAAUACAGGAAGGCGCAACAGGAGGUUGACGAGGUCGUUGGUAAAGGACCAAUCAAAGUUGAGCAUAUGUCAAAGCUCCCAUACAUCAGUGCAAUUCUACGUGAGACCUUGCGUCUGCAAUCACCGAUUGCGAUGUUUGGCGUGCACGCAGUGGAAGAUACAGUUUUAGCAGGGAAGUAUCCAGUUCGCAAGGAGGAUCCAGUGGUCUUGCUGAUCAAGAAGUCGCACCUUGACCCUGCAGUCUAUGGUGAUGACGCCGAUCAGUUCAAACCUGAGCGUAUGCUGGACUCGGAGUUCGAGAAGCUGCCCAAGAAUGCUUGGAAGCCUUUCGGUAACGGUGUAAGAGGAUGCAUAGGACGUCCCUUUGCCUGGCAAGAGGCGCUACUUGUGAUGGCUAUGCUCCUGCAGAAUUUUAACUUCGUCCUGGAUGACCCGAAUUAUCAUCUUGCCUACAAGCAAACGUUGACGAUCAAGCCCAAGGGCUUUCAUAUGAGAGCUAUGCUGCGUGACGGUUUGACGCCUACCACGCUUGAGAAGAGGUUGGCCGGCCGUGCUUCUGAGGAGAAGAAAUCGUCUCAGGCUGAACAGCACGCUCCGAUCAACGCCAAACCCACUGGCGAGGGAAAGCCUAUGACUAUCCUCUAUGGCUCAAACAGUGGUACAUGUGAAGCUAUGGCCCACCGUAUCGCUGCAGAUGCUCCCCAGCAUGGAUUCCAGGCAACAACUGUUGAUUGCAUGGACACCGCAGCAAACGGCAACUUGCCCAGGGACCAGCCCGUUAUUAUUGUUACAGCGUCAUACGAGGGUGACGCGCCGGACAAUGCACGCCAUCUCGUUUCUUAUCUCGAAAGCAUCGAGGACAAGUCAGCAUUGAAGGAUGUUUCUUAUGCUGUGUUCGGCUGUGGUCACCAUGAUUGGGCUUCGACCUUCCACCGUAUUCCUAAGCUAGUCGACAAUAAGUUUGAGGAGAAUGGUGCUCGCCGUUUAGCCAAGAUGGGUGUCGCUGAUGCAGGCGAUGGUGAAAUGUUCGUUGCUUUCGAGAGUUGGGAGGACGAGACCCUCUGGCCGGCAUUGGCCGAAGCCUAUGGUAUAACGAGUGACCAGGAGUCGAUUAAGCAAGGCCCUUCGUUGAAGGUAACAGUGACCACUCCUCGCACAUCAGCUCUUCGUGCCGACGUACAACAAGCCGAAGUUAUUGCUGCAAAGGUUUUGACUGCAGAAGGAGAGCCUAUCAAGAAACACAUCGAGAUCAAGCUUCCAACGGACACAUCAUACAGAGCUGGAGACUACCUGGCAAUCCUGCCCAUCAACCCGAGGGCGACAGUGUCACGUGUGCUAAGAAAGUUCGAACUUCCUUGGGACUCCCACCUCAUCAUCGAAGCCGGUAGCCAAGUUCCUUUGCCGACCAAUUCCUCGUUGCCUGCUAGCGACAUCUUUGGUGCUUACGUUGAGUUGGCCCAACCCGCAACGAAAAGAAAUGUGCUUGCUAUUUCCGAGGCUACCGAAGAAGAGAAUGAUAAAAACGCCUUAAAGAAGCUCGCAAGUGAGGCAUAUGACGACGAGGUUUCCGCCAAGCGUGUGUCCGUUUUGGACUUGCUGGAGAAGUUCCCGUCUGUCAAAUUGCCGCUUGGAUCAUUCCUGGCCAUGCUCCCCCCUAUGCGUGUCCGCCAAUACUCAAUUUCAUCAUCACCGAUGUGGAAGCCAACGAAUGUCACCCUCACUUUCUCGCUUUUGGAGGAACCCUCCAAAUCGGGCCAGGGCAAGUAUCUCGGUGUUGCGACAUCUUACCUCAACAGUCUCCAACCCGGUGACAAGCUCCACGUCUCGGUCCGACCCUCGCAUGCCUCUUUCCACUUGCCCCAGAACCCAGAGCAAACGCCAGUCAUAUGCGUUGCCGCCGGUACUGGUCUGGCGCCCUUCCGUGGGUUCGUACAGGAGCGUGCAUCCCUGAUCGAAGCUGGUCGCAAGAUUGCACCUUUGUUCCUCUACUAUGGUUGUCGGGAGCCAGGUCGUGAUGAUCUCUACUCGGACGAGUUUGCAGCGUGGGAGAAGAUUGGUGCCGUGAACAUCAGGCGGGCAUUCUCACGAACGCCCGAGAAGAGUGAUGGCCAUAAGUACGUCCAGGACGCCCUAUGGACCGACCGCAAGAAGAUUGCAGAGCUGUGGGAAAACAAUGCGAAGUUGUUUGUGUGCGGGUCGAAGCGUGUUGGCUCGGCUGUGCAAGACGUUGCAUUCAGGAUGAGGAGUGCUGGAGCCAAACUACAUGGUAAGGAGCUCAGUGACGCAGAAAUCACGGAAUGGUGGAAUGAGCUGAGAAACGUGCGUUAUGCUACUGAUGUUUUUGAUUAA